AUGACGGAAAAACUAUUUUCUACACGCCAAACCGCCAAUGUUAACUUUCGGCAAGCCUCUUCUGACCUUCUCAGUGAUUUUCUCAUUAAUGUCAACAAAAGAAACAGGGACUACCUCAAUAAUCUACCAAUAUGCAGCGGAAGCUUUAAAGAUAAAAGAAUGGUUGAGUACAUCUUCCUAAUUACUCAGGAUCUAAAGCUUGACCCUCUAGUUGGGUACCACGCCAUUGAAUUGCUGCAAAGGUUCAUGGUCAAAUACCUCUCAGAUUUGCUCAUCGCACCUUCACCUCGAGGCGCGGCUGCCGCUGAGCCCGGGAGCUGUGAAAGCGUCAUUUUUGAUCAACUCAAGGAUAAAUUCCCUCUCAUCCUCUUCACCUGCGUGCAGAUUGCAAACAAACUGUCUUUGCAUUAUCACAUGAUCAGCAGCAGUGCUGCCGUACGCUUCCUGCACUCCGCCGGCCUCACUGUUUCCAAACAGACCGUCAUGGAGUCGGAGCUGAUGAUCUGUAAAACGCUGUCGUUCAGGCUGAACGUCCUGAACCCGCUGACCUGUGUGGAGACCCUGCUGGAGGUGCUCGGACACAAUGAGCCGUCCAUCCACGUGGAGAGGAUCUACAGCCUGUGCCAGCCGGUGCUGCAGCUCAUCACCCUGGAGAGGACUGCCAUCUACGGCCAAUUGUUAAGGCUCACCACUCAGUGUGCCUCCCCAUCCAGGGAGCAGAGGGAGAUGUUUGUGAAGGUGACAGAGGACUUCAUGCUUCUCGGUGUUGGUGUCAUCGCUGUGGCUACCUUCAUCUGCUACGUGGGGAAAUGGGAUCAGGUGGUGGAGGAACUGAGCCGCAUGACGGGAAUCACCAGAAGGAGCAUCAAUGACUUUGCACAUGUGACAUUAGAGCACAUUUUUAGCAACACUUCUCCUGAUUUCUAA